GAAGGCGAACUCGUCCCCGAUUUGUCCGCUAGCCCCGCGUGCCGAGGAUUCCCCGUUCGGGUGUCUCGCGCGACCGAGAGCUUCAGCCGGGUACCCCUCGUAGGAAUCGGGCCCCGCUCCUGCACUUUGACCCCCUCCCGCAUCCACCCUGCCCCGGAAGUGGCGAACGGGUACGUCGCUACAUCGCUACCCCACCUCGCGAACGGUUCCCUUUCAUCCCUUCCCGCGUCGGACAAACAUCAGUUGACCGGGAGUGAUCGAAGGGUAAAGAAUUGGGUGGUGCCGAGGCAACUCGUGAUAAGACGACGACGACGACGACGACGACGUCGAGAGGAAGACAUUAGGUUCCCCGUCACGGGUCAGGACGAGCAUGAGGUCCUCGUUGGUGCUGCUCUUGGUAGCAGCUUUCGUCCUUGCCGAGGGCUCGAACCGAGUCAAGCGACAGGAAGACAAGAAGGAGGAGAGUUUUGAGAACGAGAUCUGCAAGGACAAGGAUGCGGGCGAGUGGUUCAGAUUGGUCGCCGGCGAGGGUGACAAUUGCCGCGACGUUAUCCAGUGCACGAGUUCCGGCCUGCAGGCGAUCAGAUGCCCGGCUGGCCUGUACUUCGACAUCGACAAGCAGACCUGCGAUUGGAAGGAUUCCGUUAACAACUGCAAGCUGAAGAACAAGGAGAGGAAGGCCAAGCCUCUGCUUUAUACCGAGGAACCGCUCUGCCAGGAUGGCUAUCUCGCGUGCGGAGACGGAUCCUGUAUCGAGAGGGGUCUCUUCUGUAACGGGGAGAAGGAUUGUACUGAUGGCUCUGAUGAAAACAUUUGCGACAUGGACAAUGAUCCCAAUAGGGCACCACCCUGCGACCCCGUUGUGUGCGUCUUGCCCGACUGCUUCUGCUCGGAGGAUGGCACCACGAUACCUGGCGAUCUCCCAUCCAAGGAUGUACCCCAAAUGGUCACGAUAACGUUCGACGAUGCCAUCAACAACAACAACAUCGGCCUGUACAAGGAGAUUUUCAGCAAACGCAAGAACCCGAACGGCUGCGACAUCAAGGCUACCUUCUUCGUGUCGCACAAGUACACCAACUAUUCCGCGGUCCAGGAGAUGCACAGGAAGGGCCACGAAAUCGCCGUUCACUCUAUCUCGCACAAUGACGACGAGCGCUUCUGGUCGGAUGCCACCGUCGACGAUUGGGCGAAAGAGAUGGCCGGCAUGAGGAUCAUCGCCGAGAAGUUCGCCAAUCUGACGGACAACAGCGUGGUGGGCGUCAGGGCGCCGUACUUGCGAGUCGGCGGUAACAAUCAGUUCACCAUGAUGGAGGAGCAGGCCUUCCUGUACGACUCCACCAUCACCUCGGCCCUGAACAACCCCCCGCUCUGGCCGUACACCAUGUACUUCAGGAUGCCGCACCGCUGCCAUGGAAAUCUUCAGCACUGUCCCACCAGGUCGCACGCCGUAUGGGAAAUGGUGAUGAACGAGCUGGACCGUCGCGAGGACCCCCAAAACGAUGAGUACCUGCCCGGUUGCGCGAUGGUGGACUCUUGCAGCAACAUCCUGACUGGCGACCAGUUCUACAACUUCCUCAACCACAACUUUGACCGUCACUACGAGCAGAACCGUGCGCCCCUCGGCCUCUACUUCCACGCCGCCUGGCUGAAGAACAAUCCCGAGUUCCUGGACGCCUUCCUCUACUGGAUCGACGAAAUCCUCCAGAAUCACAACGACGUCUACUUUGUGACGAUGACUCAGGUGAUCCAGUGGAUCCAGAACCCGCGCACCAUCACCGAAUCGAAGACCUUCGAGCCCUGGCGGGAGAAGUGCACGGUAGACGGCCCGCCAGCCUGCUGGGUGCCCCACACCUGCAAGCUGACCUCGAAGGAGGUGCCCGGCGAGACCAUAAACCUGCAGACUUGCGUGCGCUGCCCCAACAACUACCCCUGGGUGAACGACCCCACCGGUGACGGCUUCUUCUAAGUUGCCGCGCGCGAUCCUCCUUCUCGUCUAAGUCAAAUCCAUCCCUCUCCUUUCUCCUCGGUUCUGCCGAUCCUUUCCAUCCGGAAUCUCGACUUGAAAGCGCGUCGCGAGUCCUCGCGGUCCAACAUCGCGCCGGGCACCGCCCGGACCGACGCGUCAGCCGAGUAUCCUCGAGGCUUUCGAGAGCAACGGCGACUACGACGAUGGGGCACAUGGGAUAAAAGAGGAGAAAGGUCGUCGUUAGCCCAUUAGACUCCGGUGACCACUUUAGUUGCCAAUGUUUCGCAAUGUUUUAUCGUUGAGAACGACGUGUCUGUGAUGAUUAGUUCUGUUCAGUUAGAACUACGGAGUCUAAGUGGACUAAGGACCAGUGGGAACGGAAUGAAGCUCACUACCCGCUUCGCAUUCACAGAAUUGUCCCUUCAAGAAUUAAAUUGACGUUCGGCUUUAUCGAGAUUGCAUCCGAAAUUCGCAUUCCACGCUACAGAAAAAAGUGUCACUCGCAUUAUUCGGGGAAUUCGCAAAAAUUAUCUUUCUCCCUCGCGCGUACCUCGUUAUCAGCUGACAUAGUUCAAGCUAAACGUUCACCAUGCACCAGCAAUCUGUGAUAGACUCCCGAAGGCGGCGUCCUCGAAGUCCUCGAGGUGGCAACGACGGCCGCGUCGAUCAUUGUGACGACGGUGACGAUGACGAGAGUCACGCGCAUUCCAAUCGAACCCGGCAAAAGUAAAGCAAAAUGUCGCGCCCCACCCGAUCCCACGAGGAGAAAUCGCGGAUCUUUUGAUGGCGGCGGUUCGCGAGUGGGAUUCCAUGUGUAAUAUAACCGUAUCCCUCCCUCUCGCUCUCUUGCACCUUCGUUGCACCGGUCGAAAAUCACGACGACCGAUACCGAUCUAUCAGCAAGUGCGCUCUUCUCCCGUCGAGCUCUCCCCAGAAGUAAUCCCCGAAGACCGCCAAAUCGAUUGUUCCCCGAUUCGAGGUGCGCCCUUAUUUUUUUUAAGGGUUCGCCGAUUUAUAUAAAUAAAUAUAUAUAUAAAUUUAUAUAUAUAUAUGAAAAUUAUAAAUAUAUUGUACAUGUAUAAUAUUUGUAAAAGUAAGUGAUAUCAACACAUAGCGUUCUCGACGAACUUUUGAAUAAAAGAUUCUGAGAAAUCUCUCUCACACACACACAAACGAA